CAUUAACUCGUGUUUGUCGUUUCAUGCAGUGGAGUAGCUACGCUUCUCCUGCACUCAAGUUUCUCGUACUAGAGAAGUGGAAACGGCUAAAAGCUUUGUUGGUUUCCUCGAAAUUUUGGAAUAAACUGACCAAUAGAGCUGUUUUCACAAUUUCAGAAUUUCAGAAUUUUGUCGAGUAAUGAUUACAGGUCUUCUGAUGAAAAACGAAUACAAACUAGAAAUGGUGUGGUAGGGUUUGCACUUUGCAGCAAAUCCUGUAGCCGAUUCUCCAGAGAGGAAUGUCACGGAUGCUUGGUGCCACUGAACAGGCGGAACAGCUUAGGCAAAAUGGAAACCACUGCUUCCAGAAGAAUCGAUUUGCUGCAGCUAUCGAUGCCUAUACCGAGGCGAUAACUCUAUGCCCUAAUGUUCCUAUAUAUUGGACAAAUCGUGCUUUAUGCCAUCGCAAGCGGAAAGACUGGACAAGAGUGGAGGAGGACUGUAGGAGAGCGAUUCAUCUUGAUCAGAACUCUGUUAAGGCACACUAUAUGCUAGGUCUUGCCUUGCUACACAAAAAGGAAUAUGCUGAAGGAGUUAGAGAGUUGGAAAGAGCAUUGGAUCUUGGUAGAGGUGCUGAUCCUAAGGGUUACAUGGUAGAGGAGAUCUGGGAAGAGCUUGGAAAUGCAAAAUAUUUGGAGUGGGAGCAUGAAUCCUCAGCACGUGCUUGGGAAAACCAGAAUUUGAAAGAGGCUUGUGUGGCAGCUCUGAAGGAGAAACAUUUACUCGAUAGCUCAAAAAAGAAGUUUAAGGAAGGACCUAAAUAUGAAAGGAUAAAUUCUCUGGUCUCUCUCUCAGAGCAAAUUGAAGCUUUAAAUUUAGUGUUUGAGAGAGCUUCUGAAGAUGAUACACCAACCGAGAGAAUUUGUAGGUUCCUGAUUACUUGUGCUGUAAAAUAACUCUAGAGAUUUUUCGUGACCCUGUCAUUACACCCAGUGGGUUUACCUAUGAGAGGGCAAUUAUCCUUAACCAUCUGCAGAAGGUGGGUAACUUUGACCCAAUUACCCGUGAACCAGUCAACACAUGUCAGUUGGUACCCAAUUUGGCUAUAAAGGAAGCAGUUCAAGUAUACUUGGCUAAGCACAGAUGGGCUUACAAGACGGAAUAAAAGCUCACUGGGUCACAGCUAUAUUUAAUUCUCCCAGGGUGCCUUUAAGUGUAAGUUCGCUUGUAAUAUCAAGCAGAUGGUUAGCUGUAUAGUUUCUAUUAUCGUCUGCUCUAUUAUUGCUUGAUUAAACUGUGUACAAUAUUAUGAAUUAUGAAUGAUGUAUGCUAUGCAGGGAAGUGACCCUAUUGUUAUCUAUUACUACCCCGCCUACUGGGGGGGGGGACCAACUUUGAACUAGAACUAGUUGCACUAAUUGUGUGUAUGUAUGCAUAGAUUUUCCAAGGGCUAUAAGUGAUACCAUCAUGCCAGCCAUUAUGGGCACAUUUAAGCUAGACCUAACAGUUCCAACUUUCAUCACGACACUGUUCACUUGGGAUGGACACGAUCUCAUUUUUGGACCGAUGGCUGGACUUGGACCAACCAGUUAUUCCAUUGAAACGUGACCGGUUGAUGCCACAUGAACCGAAAUGUACCCAUAUACCGGUCCUGGUCUUAGACCAGUAACCAAAGUGUACCCAUAUACCGGUCCCGGUCCCAGUCCUAGACCAGAAGCGGCAAGUGGCAAUCCGACGAACGGGCUACACAAUUACUGUUCAUGAUGCGCCCAUCCACAAAAAGAGUGGGAAUAAAGUUCAAAAUCGCAUGUGAUAAUUGGGUUAGGCAGAGAAUGGAUAGGAAGUGUCUGGAAUGCAGAGACACGUGUAACUUAUCAUCAUGUGUAAGUUACUGGAAAAAGUAUGGCAGAAACUUUUGUUAUUGCAUGAACAAUUACAUUAUCAGUGAGAGUAUAUUGAUUGCUCAUAUCACGUUUUUCUAUUAUUUGUUGCUGCUACACCACACUACAGAGUACAGACAGCUGGGUUUGCAGUUAAGAAGAGCUAAUGGUUCAUAAUUAGAAACAAACACAAUGGGUGAGCGUCCCCCUUUUCUAUUAGCUGCAUUUUUGGAGUGAUCUUCUUAAUGUACUCUUGUCAUCACACCAAAUUACAGUAACAAUGUCCAUUCUCAAGUGACAUUUUGAUUGAAUUAUAUGCUGUUUGAUUGCCUUGCAGUGUGUGGGGGCAUUAAAAAGGGGAUAUCGUUAGAGCUAAUUAUCUUUGUUAUUAUUAUAGGCAUAAUAAUAAAGCUCUUGUAGUUUGAACAAGCAGGCUUAUCAUUCACCACUACUCACAUGGUAGACCCGAUUGGUCUAUUAUAGGGUUGAAACCCACCAUCCAAGAACACCCCAGUGUGUGGUGUUCUUUUAUUGGUUAAUUUUAUAAACAAAACGAGGGAAGAAAGACACAUGUUCAGCUUUAUUUGUUCUGGACGAUGAAAGGCCUAGAUUGAAACAAGGUCAAAUUCAAUGGGAGAAAUUAUGGUGUUUGAUUUCAUCGUAUGGGGUAAAACCGGUCGACACCAUGCGAGAAUCUCGGUAAUGAGGUUUCUCGAGGCAUCUCAGUGGCUCCGCGUGCUAUGUUUUUAGUCUUGUACUCUUGUCCCAUGAUAAUUGGUAGAAUAAUACUCUACUUUGUCUUGUGUACGCAUUCAAUUCAUUAAAAAAUAGUUAAAAAUAAUGUAUGUAUAUAGGUGAGUGCUGGGUUUCAAAUAGAGCACUGUUAUUGCUAUAGUGGCAGCAAUAUAGCCGUCACUGGCGGCAGCGCUACCGCACUGGACUGCAAUACCAGUGUGGAUGCGAAUCACGGUGAAAACUCGCUUCAUAAUCCGGUAAUCGCGAUGAAACCGCAACGAAUUGGCUAGGGUGCUGCAUCAGGCCGCUACAGGCUACUGUUGGCCACAACCGGCCCCAACAGCACCACAUCACCUUCAUAUUUCAUUAUAAAUAUAUUUAUUGCUGCUGCGACCGCAAUACGCAUCAUAACGGUCUCAUUAGCCGCUACUGCAAUGAUGGCUACCCUAAUUUAAAACCCUGGGUGAGUACAUUUUUCGUAUACAGGAAGAAUUAAAGGUUUUACAUUCCACUCACAAGUUUUUUUUUGAAGCAAUUGGAGUCUGGAGACCAUACGUUCAGUCUAGGGUGAAGAUGCCAUCGCAUCAGCAAGAUAAAGAAAAAAGCUUAAGUGGGGUCCCGGGGUCCAAAGGGUGGGGUGGGGUGGGGGAAUCAGAAGAAGACAAUCUGACAAUCAUGAAGAUGGAAGCGAAUCUUGUGUUUUUAUCUACUUCAUUCAUUUUUUUAUUAUACUUCUUCUCACAGUAACCGUAAGUAUGGAACGAAAAGGGGUCAAAUUCAUCAACCCCACUCUUAGUAAUAAGUUAAUAACUAUAUCGAUUAAACUAAAAUCUGGUAUAAAAAAGAUCAAUC